AUGAAGUUGGAUAACGCCUUGUGGGCGUAUCGCAUAGCCUACAAAACCCCUAUCGAAGCUUCUCCUUACAGGUUAGUUUACGGGAAGGCGUUCCAUCUGCCGGUUGAGUUAGAGCAUAAAGCAUAUUGGGCAAUCAAAAAGCUUAAUCUUGAUAUGAACCUAGCGGGAGAGAAGAGAUUGCUCCAAUUGCACGAGCUUGAUGAAUUCAGAUUGAGGGCGUAUGAGAACGUAAAGCUAUACAAUAAGAAGGCGAAGAGAUGGCACGAUAAGAAUAUUCAAUAUUGUGAAUUCGCGCCAGGGCAGCAGGUAUUACUCUUCAACUGUAGGCUGCGGUUGUUUCCGGGAAAGCUUAAGUCUCAAUGGUCUGGACCGUUUGUGGUAACAAGAACCACACCCCAUGGUGCUGUGGAAAUACAAACAAUGGAUGGGGUACGCAAGUUCCUGGUAAAUGGAUAG